CGCUGCCGGAAAGCAGCGUUUACGGCAGUUCGGAAUCGGCGCCGCUGCUCCAUUAUCCGUUGGGGCCAAUAUGGCGGCGGGGGAAGCCCGCUCUGUUUUGUUCGUGUGCCUCGGGAACAUUUGCCGAUCUCCCAUAGCAGAGGCUGUCUUUAGAAAACUUGUAGCUGAAGAGAACAUUGAAAAGCAGUGGAUGAUAGACAGUGGUGCUGUUUCUGACUGGAAUGUGGGACGCUCCCCUGAUGCAAGGGCUUUAAGCUGUCUAAGAAAUCAUGGCACUGAAGCGGCCCAUAAAGCACGACAGGUUACAAAAGAUGAUUUCCUGACAUUUGAUUAUAUGCUUUGUAUGGAUGAAAGCAAUCUGAGAGAUCUGAAAAGAAAAAGCAAUCAGAUUAAAAACUGCAAAUCUCAGAUUGAACUCCUUGGAAGUUAUGAUCCACAGAAACAGCUCAUUAUUGAGGAUCCAUAUUAUGGGAAUGAUGAAGAUUUUGAAACAGUUUAUCAGCAGUGUCUUAGAUGUUGUAAAGCAUUCUUGGAAAAAAACCAUUAACAUGGCUGAUAGUCUCUAAAAGUAAACAAUGUUUAGCCAUUCUGUAAAGGUAUUAAUUUAAAAUCUCAAUUGACAUUAAAUUGUAAUAUUUUACCUCUAA